AUGCGUGUACGUAUAAAGCAUUCAUAUAAAUAUAUCCAUCUUCUCCACACAAUACUUCACAUAAGGAAUCCUAGAUUUGCAGUAUUUUAA